UAAAGCGUCUGCGCCAUAUGUGUGGAGGUUUUGGACUUAAAGAAGUUUUUCCUUUUGUUGUAAAUUAACGGCGAGGCAGUGAAGUGAAUUCAGUGAGCGUUACAAGAAGAGGAAGGUCUGGUCUGUGAAUGGAUAGUUUGAUGUUAUCCUGACACUGAACUCACUCUAUAAACCUCCUCUCUGACAAAUCAAGCUAACGAUAUUGGCUACAUAAGGCAGGACACAGAGUGAGCAUGGCCCGACCUCUGCAGGUCCUCUCCCUCCUGUCCGGGCUCGGUUCCCUGUCAGUGAAAACCCCAAACAGCUGUCGGUUUGCCAGCAGAGGUGCCAGCGGGGCGUGGACGGGACAGAGCCAUGUGCGCAGGGACAGAGCCUCAAGCAGAGCUCCAAGAUACAGCGAUGAGAUGUCUGAGGAGGAAUUUGGACUGGAGGAUGUAGAGGAUGUAGAAGACAAGCUCCAGGCCUUGGAUGAUGAAGGGAGGAAGAGGCAGAAGACUGUGAAAUACCACAUACUGAGGAGGCAGAUGACUGCACCAGGAGCUCCACAGAGGAAACUAACCUGGGAUACUAUUGAGCAGAUCAGAUAUCUGAAGCAAGAGCAACCAGAGGAGUGGACAGUAGAUCGUCUAGCUCAGGGCUUCUCUGUCACCCCUGAUGUCAUCCUGCGGGUCCUCAGGAACAAAUUCGUCCCAUCUCCUGAAAGAAAAUCCAAGCAGGAUGCCAAAGUAAUGGCUAGACUGGGUCGGCAGAUGCUGCCUUCAGGUGCUGGGACAGGGAAGGACAGACUGAAGCUGCCUGGUAACUGUGCACCAGCCAUACUCUCAUCUGGAAGUAGAGAAGGUGCUUUAAUCUCUGCGGCUGACCACACACCAGUGAUACGAGGAGAAAGCUCAGGGUCCCUGGCCACGAGUCCUGCCCCUGUUACUGUUCUGCCCCCCCAGGUCACAGCUGGUGUCGGUAGAGCCGCCACAGUGACAAGAUCAACAGAAGAAGACAGAACUACCAACACAGCUGCGGCAGAGGAGGACACAGAGGAAGAGGAGAGCUGGGAUGGACAGGUGUUGACAGAAGAAGAACUUGAAGAGUUUAUGGAAAUGCAGAAGGCCGUUCCUCCUGUGGCGCAAGUUGGGAAUGAUUUCUUUGACACAGAGGGCAACUUUUUGUAUAGAAUCUAAGGACUUUUUGUUGAACUGUCAGUUAACAAUGUUUGAUGCUCAGGGUUGGCAAUAUUACACUUAUCAUAAUCAACUCAGCAACUUUUGG